ACGAGGUCUGACGAUCUGGCUCAGAUGCUUUUCCCAAACUUGGAACAAAUCAAAGCUUCUCUCCGACAAUCGGUAGAGUUUCUCGGGCAGCAAUACUUGUUAUGUGCCAACAUGUGCACAAGGUCAGUUGGUCUCAACACAUGUCAUGACUAAUGGUAGUAUACGUAUGCACUGGCUCAUGUCCGAGAAUCUGGUCAGAAAUUCCGAAAGCUAUGCUGUAGAUGCUCAACGCGCAAUCUCGUGGGAACCAAAUAUCGUGGAGGGACUUCCUGACAGCUUAAGCAGAGUGUGUUCUCUCGGAUGCCUACAGAAAGUAUUCAUCGACGCGAUCUGCUUCGCUGGUUUUGAAUUUGACCGGCUGCUCUCUGUUGUGGUACAAUUCGAAUCUGUAAUAGAUUUGAACCUGUGGCUCCACAUGGGUCAGCAAGUUGCUGCACAGAAUAGGGAAACCUUUUUAUUCUUCCUCGACUCACUUGUCACACUCGUUCACGAUGGUUUGGUACUCCCACUGGCUCUCGUUGAAGCCUGGAGCUUCAGAUUUCCGGUAAUUUUCCUUUCCGGAGAUGGAAUACUGACUGAAGCAUUCGCAGGGCUGUCUGGCGGUACUUACUGCCCUCGAUGAUGGAUCCAGGGAGUACGCUCAUCAUCUUCAACGCUACACUGAGACCAUCAAUGCGGCGACUACUACUCUUGUGCGAGAUGCUCAUACAGAACGUUUGGCUGACACAACACACUCUCCAGAUGGCAUGAUCAUACGUAAGAUGUGGGUCAGUACGAGCGACCUUGUAAGCUUAUGUACAGAGAGAGGGCUUCCAAGGCUGAUCUCUUGUGCUGCAUCUCAGUUAUCACAGCCAGCCAGUCUUAUCAACAUGUC